UACUCAAAACAAAUGGCAGAAGCAAAUUUCUCUAUCAUAGUGGAAUUCACACUCUUAGGAUUUUCUGACCUUCCCAACCUUCAAGGUUUCCUUUUUGGACUUUUCUUGAUCAUCUACACUGGCAUCCUGUUGGGAAAUGGACUUAUCAUUGUAAUUACCAAAACUGAACCUACACUUCAAACCCCUAUGUAUUUUUUCCUCAGGAAUUUUUCCUUUUUGGAAAUCUGUUAUACUUCAGUCAUUCUUCCAAGGAUAUUGGUUAGUCUAUGGACACAGAAGAGAAAUAUCUCUUUUCAAGCCUGUGCAGUCCAAUUUUGUGCUUUUUUUGUUAUGGCAAUCACUGAAAACUUUCUCCUUACUGUAAUGGCCUAUGAUCGCUAUGUUGCCAUUUGUAAGCCUUUGAAUUAUCCUCUUAUCAUGAACCACAGGGUGUGUAUCUCUCUGGUAGUUGGCUCUUGGAUCAGUGGGAUUCCAGUUCAUGUAUUGCUGACAUAUUUGAUUUUCUCUUUGCCUUUCUGUGCAUCCAAAAAUCUCAAUCAUAUUUUUUGUGAUAUUCGCCCAUUACUGAAGUUGGCCUGUGGGGAUACCUCUGCAAAUGAAUUAUCUUUUUAUGUUAUUGUCUUGAUGCUUGGAAUGCUUCCCUUCCUGUUGAUAGUAUGGUCAUAUGUGAAAAUCAUCACAACCAUCCUGAAGGUUCCAGCAAACAAGGGGAGAUCAAAAGCCUUUUCUACUUGUUCCUCUCACCUUAUGGUUGUGGCUCUUUACUUUGGAUGUGGUAUCAUUACAUAUUUGCGACCUAGUUCUAGCCACUCAGAAGUACUAGACAAAGUGCUCUCUAUCAUCUAUACCACUGUGACCCCAAUGUUUAACCCCAUCAUAUACAGUCUGCGCAAUAAAGAUGUUGUGUUGGCAUUAAAAAAAUUAUUAUAUAAGUGA